CCGAAGCUUUUUGGUGCUAGGGACGCAGCAGGUGGAGGUUCCCAGCUGCUUGACAGAAGGACACUUCCCGCGCGCUGGUGAGCCGGCAACUCCCGUCAUGCUUCCUGGCAUUUCAUAACCACCCCGUCUGAAGUUCAGUGCGGAACUAAGGGAGACAGAGAAGCGGGAGGGGCCGGCCAAGCCGCGGAACUGUCCUGGCCCCCGAGCCUGCAGAGCGGCCCGCCAGAGCUCGAGGUUUCCUCCGCGCCCGCUCCCGGAGAGCCGCUCCGCUGCUCCAGCAGCGAGAUGGUCGGGGGCCGCGUCACCGCGCUGUCGGUUCACGACGUGCGUUUCCCCACUUCUCUCGCAGGCCACGGGUCCGAUGCCAUGCACACAGACCCGGACUAUUCUGCUGCCUAUGUUAUAAUAGAGACAGAUGCAAAGGAUGGACUCAAGGGAUAUGGAAUCACCUUUACUUUGGGGAAAGGGACUGAAGUUGUUGUCUGUGCCAUAAAAGCACUUUCCCAUCAUGUGCUUGAUAAAGACCUUGGAGAUAUUGUCAGAGACUUCAGAGGAUUCUAUAGGCAGCUCACUAGUGAUGGACAGCUCAGAUGGAUUGGUCCAGAGAAAGGCGUUGUGCAUUUGGCUACAGCAGCUGUUUUGAAUGCCUUAUGGGACUUGUGGGCCAAGCAGGAAGGAAAGCCCCUUUGGAAAUUACUUGUUGACAUGGACCCUAAGCAGCUAAUAUCCUGCAUAGAUUUCAGGUACAUCACUGAUGCCUUAACUGAAGAAGAAGCCUAUGAAAUACUACAGAAGGGAAGCAUUGGCAAAAAGGAAAGAGAAGAACAGAUGUUGGAGUAUGGCUACCCAGCAUAUACUACUUCCUGUGCCUGGCUGGGUUAUUCUGACCAGCAAUUAAAGAAGUUAUGCAAUGAAGCACUCAAGGAGGGCUGGACAAGGUUUAAAGUAAAAGUUGGUGCUGAUCUUGAGGAUGACAUUCGUAGAUGCAGAGUUAUAAGAGACAUAAUUGGGCCUGAAAAGAUUUUGAUGGUGGAUGCCAACCAGCGAUGGGAUGUGCCAGAAGCAAUAGAGUGGAUGCUAAAGUUGGCUGAAUUUAAGCCUCUGUGGAUUGAGGAGCCAACCUCCCCUGAUGAUGUUCUUGGACACGCCACCAUCUCCAAGGCCUUAGCUCCAUUAGGAAUUGGUGUUGCAACAGGAGAACAGUGCCAGAAUAGAGUGAUAUUUAAACAACUCCUACAGGCUGAGGCCCUACAGUUUCUCCAGAUUGACAGCUGCAGACUGGGAAGUGUCAAUGAAAAUCUCUCUGUGUUACUGAUGGCCAAAAAAUUUCAAAUUCCUGUUUGCCCCCAUGCUGGAGGCGUUGGCCUUUGUGAAUUGGUACAACAUUUAAUAAUAUUUGACUAUAUUUCAAUAUCUGGAAGUCUUGAAAACAGGAUUUGUGAAUAUGUAGAUCAUCUACAUGAACACUUCAAGUAUCCCGUAGUAAUCAAGAAAGCCUCAUACAUGCCUCCUAAGGAUGCCGGCUACUCCACGGAAAUGAAAGAAGAGUCUGUAAAGAAGCACCAGUUUCCAGGGGGUGAAGUUUGGCAGAAGCUCCUGGCUGCUCAGCAAAAUUAAGUUCUUAGCCUUACUAUGGCUUUUUCUUCUCGUACAAAUGAAUUUUGAAUGGAGAGGGGGAGGAAAGCUUAUUUGAUUUCACAUAUCACAGUAACAAUAUCAUUCAAAUCACAAGAUUUAAUCAUUUGAGAUAAACCUCAGGUAUCCUCAA